AUGGCGUCUCCACCACCUCCAGGCUACGGCUCUCCAGCACAUGGGGGCUACUAUCCUCCACCUCCUAGUGGGCCUCCUGAAAGCCGUACCUACCCUCCACCAGUCCAAUCAUUCCCACCGCCUCCCUCCUCGCCCGGCUUCCCACCCCCACAACCACAAUCCUACCCACCUCCACCUUCGCAGCCGUCCCCUUCCUUAGGCAGCUACCCCCUCCACCUUCGCAGCCGUCCCCUUCCUUAG